CCCGCGUCGUACACUUCCUCGAAAUCCACCAAAAAAACUCCGGAUGGCAGGAGGAAAGAAGAAGAAGAAGCCGGCUUCAAAUCCUGCCAGAGGCUUCGCAACUACAUCUAUUGCUUCUAAACCGAAAGUCGACCUCCCUGAGGCUGUGGAGGAAUCGGCACUCUUGAAAGAACCUAAAGACGGGGAUGAUGCCCAACAGGUAGAGCAAACAGCGCCAGCAACCUCUUCCCUCGUGCGGAACGAAAAAGCGCUUACAGCGGAGGAAUUCGAAAAGCAGCUCGAAGAAUCAGAGCUCCAAGUGCUCGUGGAGAAGCAUGCACAGAAAUCCAAACGGGAUGCCACCCGCCAGAAGACAAGACUGGAAACGGAUCGUCGGCUGCUGAGAAGUCAAGCAGAAAGCUUGAAUACUAGAAAAUGGCUUCCACCCGAGCUUAUGGAGGAAGUAUUAGACCUGAUCAAGACAGAGGGCCGUUUCACAGGACAAUCAAAUGAGGCAGUAGGUAACUCAAAGCAAGCGUCAGAGGAAGAGUUGACCGUUCGUCUCUGGACUGUGCAGCAAGCACUUCUCGGAUCAGGUUUUGUCGAAGAAAAGGUGAGCUUGGCUCUGCGGCAUGUUUUAGACUUGUCAGACAAGAUAGGCGUGGGGAACAAGGACUCCAUUUGGGGCAUGGAGGAAGCACUGGAUUGGCUUUCACGGAACUGCUCAAGAGAAGAGCUUCCAGACUACGAGAAUUGGCAGCGCAAAACAGGCGGGUUAUCAAGAUCACAGUCAGAAACCCCAAUCAACAGCCCGCUACCAUCGGGGACAACCACCCCACGUCUCGAGUCCGACACAAGGCACAUCGCGCUUGCAGCAUCGAGUAGUUCUAUACAGCUCGACAAGGUCCGAUCAUCUCCCAAGAAGCCAGCUGCUUUAGAUUAUGAUAGCGAUAUUGACCCUGAUGACCUUCUCCCCGUCUAUCUUGAAUGCAAGACGAAGUUAUUUCAUUUGCAAGCAUCACAAUCCCGGAGGAAUGUUCUACGGGCAUACCCUCGGAUGGAUCCUCCAAAAUCGAAACCCCCUACAGACCCUGAAUCAGCCAAAAUCCUUAGAAAGAUCAAGAAGAUAGAGGAUGACGUCUUAUUUGACCAAUAUGUGGCGAACCAGGAGUGGGAAACCAAACGGAUCCAGUUGGAAAGAGAAGCCGCGGCUCAGCGUAACUCUGCUGAGACUGUUCAAGAACAUAGUGACUCGCAGUCCCAAGAUUCGUUGAUAUUAGUCGACUCGGAUGAUGAGGUUAGCGGGAAGGCUGCCAAAAUUGGAGCUGCAAUGCUUGAGGAGAAUGAGAGCGACGAUGAAGGCGCCAUAGCGGACCUCUUCGCUAGUCUACCUAUUAACGAAGUUGACCCUGUCACAGGUAAAACCAGUACUGUUGUCAACGGAAGUAAUGGAGUGAAAGUUACCAUCCGUGAUUUCGGGAAAUGGACUGGUGUCAACCCAACAAGAGUGCUUGAAGAGGCUUGUCGUGCGAGAGAUACCUCAGUCAAGUUGUAUUUCAGCCUAAUAUCUGAUUCAACCUUCUCAAAUCGCCACUCUCUUCGGCUUGUGUGGUCAAAAGUACAGGAUUUUCUUGCCUUGGACGCGCCACCUGAGAUAGACUUCAUCUCAUCCCCUAAAUCUCAAACCUUCACGAUGAAGUCAAUGUCAUCCCCAGAUAGCAAGCAAUCAGAAGCCUUCAUAGCUACAACUGCACUCUUCCUUCUGUUCAGUUCAUCAGCAAAAGAGGACAAAGUUUUUCUCCGCCUGCCGGCCACUUGGAGGGACUUGUGGACUGAGUUUGCUGAAAGAAAGAAGGAAAGGUCUGAUGAGGCUGAUCGAAAAGCCAUUCGCAUCUUUCGUGAUAUGGUUCGCGAAAAGAGGGACCAAGAGCUUGAGGAUGGUGUUCUCAUUCAAGGGGCUUUCCGGAACCGAACUCCUGCUCGUGCGACAGACAACAGUGACGAGUCCGGACCAGAUAAAUCGCUCAAAUCCUCCCUGACCCACGAAGCCUACCAAAAGAUAUGGGAAGACAUAUCCAACACGCCAAACUAUCAAAUGAUGCUUCAAUCUCGUAUGCAGCUUCCAAUGUGGGGUUUCAAGAACGAAGUCCUCAGCGCUAUUGAUCGAGAGCAAGUGGUUAUAAUUUGCGGAGAGACUGGCUGUGGUAAGAGCACUCAGGUUCCUUCCUUCAUAUUGGAAGACCAGCUUUCGAGAGGAAAGACUUGCAAGAUAUAUUGCACAGAGCCCCGUCGGAUAUCAGCUAUAUCACUUGCUCGUCGUGUAAGCGAAGAGCUUGGGGAGCGCAAGAAUGACCUUGGCACGUCUCGGUCCUUGGUUGGCUAUGCAAUUCGUCUGGAAUCCAAGACUUCAAAGGAGACCCGGCUUGUCUAUGCAACUACUGGAAUUGUAAUGCGAAUGCUCGAAGGUUCCAAUGACCUUAAGGAUAUUACCCACAUCGUUUUGGACGAAGUGCACGAGCGAACUAUUGACAGCGACUUUCUGUUGAUAGUUUUGAAGAAGCUUAUGGCAAGAAGACGUGAUCUCAAAGUCAUCCUGAUGUCAGCCACAGUCGAUUCUGAGCGCUUCUCCAGGUAUUUAGAUGGUGCCCCAGUACUGACGGUUCCCGGACGGACAUACCCUGUCCAGGUCAAAUACCUAGAAGAUGCGGUCGAACUGACUGGCUUCUCCCUCGACAAUGGCUAUGUAGAGAAGUUUACGGAUCUAGAUGAUGAUAUGGAUACCAACGAGACAGCCCCGAAUGAUUUGACCAAAGCCGACAACACAAAAGCUUUGAGAGGUUACAGUGCCAAAACUCGAAAUACAAUUGCUCAGAUUGACGAAUAUCGAAUCGAGUUCGAGCUAGUAACACAACUCUUAGCCAAGAUUGCCACCGAUGAUGGCUUGGCGAUGUUUAGCAAGGCCAUCUUGGUCUUUCUACCAGGUAUUGGAGAAAUUCGUCAGCUCAACGACAUGCUUGUUGGACAUCCUUUAUUCUCGUCCAACUGGUAUAUUUAUCCUCUUCACUCGACCAUUGCGAGCGAGGAUCAGGAGGCUGCUUUUCUUGUUCCGCCUCCCGGGACCAGGAAAAUCGUUCUUGCUACCAACAUAGCCGAGACUGGUAUUACUAUCCCUGAUGUCACUUGUGUGAUUGAUACAGGGAAACAUCGAGAAAUGAGAUUUGAUGAACGGAGACAGCUAUCGAGGUUGCUGGAGACAUUUAUAAGCAAAGCCAAUGCCAAACAACGACGGGGCAGAGCUGGAAGAGUGCAAGAGGGCUUAUGCUUCCACCUUUUCACAAAAUAUCGACAUGAUGAGCUUAUGGCUGAACAGCAAACUCCUGAACUUCUUCGCCUGUCACUGCAAGAUCUCGCUAUUCGUGUUAAGAUCUGUAAGCUUGGUGGUAUCGAAGAGACGUUGAGCCAGGCCCUAGACCCGCCGUCUGCCAAGAAUAUUCGUCGCGCUGUUGAUGCUCUAAUUGACGUUCGGGCUCUUACCCAAGGUGAAGACUUGACGCCUUUAGGUAUCCAGUUGGCAAGAUUGCCGUUAGAUGUCUUCCUAGGGAAACUCAUUCUUCUUGGGAGCAUAUUCAAGUGCUUAGAUGCUGCUAUCACAAUUGCUGCUAUUUUGUCCUCCAAAUCGCCGUUCUCGGCACCAUUUGGAGCUAGAACACAGGCAGACACAGUUCGGCUAGCGUUUCGCAGAGGGGACUCGGAUGUCUUAACUGUCUACAACGCCUAUUUGGCUUGGAAACGGGUGUGCUUAACUGGUGGCUCAGAAUACCAAUUCUGCAAGAAGAACUUCCUCAGUCAACAAACAUUAUCAAACAUCGAGGACCUGAAGGGGCAGCUUGUGGUUUGCUUAGUGGACUCCGGAUUUCUCCCUCUCACCGAGGCCGAGCGAACUGCUUUGAAUAGAACUAGAUACUCUAGCAGACGCCGCCAAUUUUUCGAUGUUCCCCAACGAGCAAACUCUAACAGCGACAACGAUAUCAUCACCGCUUCUGUAAUUGCUUGGAGCUUCUAUCCCAAGUUGCUCAUCCGAGACGGAAAAGGAUUUAGAAAUUGUGCCAACAAUCAGUCAAUCAGUUUGCAUCCUUCGUCAGUCAACAAAGGCCAUCCUGAGCUAAAAUGGCUUUCGUAUUAUCACAUCAUGCAGGCCAAGCAGUUUUACAACGCCCACGAGACCACGACCGUUGAAGAGUUUGCGAUUCCACUGCUCUGUGGAGAAGUUCGCUGCGAUAUGUACGCGGGAGUUUUCAUCGUUGAUGGAAAUCGAGGACGAUUCGCAGUUUCAGAUUGGAAGACAAUGCUAGUGAUCAAGAUAUUGAGGUCUAGGUUGCGCGACAUCCUGACCCGGUCCUUCAAGAGUCCAGGGAAGCCUCUUACUGCGCAGCAGCAGAGGUGGAUGGAGGUCUGGCAAAAGAUAUUUUCACAGGAGUUCAAGGAUAAAUAAAAAGGCAAGGAGGAAAUAGAGUGCAUAGACCUGGCGUACCGGGAGAGUCACUGUGUAAUGUAGAGUACCUCGAUGAUAAUGAAUGAGUCAGCAUUUUUGGGGGGCAACUGCCACACAGUUCGCCAUCGUUCCUGCCUC